AUGACAACUAGUCGUCCCCAACCUCUGUUCUACCAAUCGUCAAAAUGUGUUGCUAUGUACUUGAAGGCCAAUAUAAGAUUCCAAUUAUUCGUUCGAUGCCCGGGCUUCCGAACAAUUCACCAGACCGCAACUUUCAGAAUCCCAGAUCUCAAAAUGCGUCCGCAUGACUUCAAAAUCAAUGACACCACUUUCACUCUGGGUGUCAUCCAGAAAUAUACUACCACACCAACUCCUGAAACCGUCAAACUCCAGAAUGCCAGCGGUGGAAUUCAGUAUGACGUGGAUAAGUAUGGGUUAAAAAGUGAAGAUGGACUAGAGGAGAAUCGAGACGCCAACAUACUCGCCUAUUUGAAAAGGCAUUUGCUGUGGAUGGUGGCAGAUCGUGAGAGACGUGGAUUGGAUGUGGAUCCUGACUUGGAUCUUAGAAUUGAGGAGAGACAAUUGGAAGUUUUAGCAUAUCAAAUGCGAAUGACUAACCAGGAGCCACCGUUCACUCAAUACCUUCAAUUGACGAUUACAACUGGCACUGUGCAGAAAGUGGAGCGUGUGGAGUAUAACAAAAAUCUCAAGUCCACCAGGGACUACAUUCUUGGAAAGAUCUUUGGAGUGGAUAAAGUUCAAGUAGGAAACCUACAAAUCGGGGAGGACAAAUUCGACUCACAUUUUAUGUUCUUCCUUCAAUUUGCUGAAGAGGGAGGGCUAAUUGUCAAGCGACAAUCGGGAAAUGCGUUUUAUGUUUAUACACUCAAUGGGCAAGUGGAACCAUUGUUGCCAAUUCAAGAUCGAAAAUUGGAAAUAGGAGAGAUGCGGGUCACCGGGAAUCUAAAAAACGCGCUGGCCAGUAUCAAGUCAUGCCUAUCUGAGAGAAAUCCCCCCAUAAAGAAGUUAGCAUGUGUCUAUCAACCAUUUCCGAAUGAUCCAAUUGUUCAAGCCGCCAAAUUUCUAUGUAUUGUUGGUAAAGCAAGUCUGAAGGUGUUCGAAGGAAAUUUCAGCAAUAACCGAAUUCAUCUCGAAAGAUGCGACAUUUUGGAGACAGACUUUAUGAAUCUCGUCAGCAAAUGGGAGACGGAAAAGAACGAGGUUAGCAGAUUCUACUCCAUUGGAUUCAAUAAAGUCAAGGAAAUCGAGCGAUUCUUUGAAAUUUUAAGAAAUGUUCCAGGGGCGGAGACAGGAAAAAGCUAUGUGUCAAGAUUGUCCAAGUAUCGGGAUUGCGUCAUUAUCCCAUUGAGAAAUAAUACUGAGUUGAAUGUGUGGUUUGAGAAGAAAAAAUUGGAGGACAAGGUGUACUGUAACACUAGAUUCAUAGUGAAGAUCAAAGUGCAGAAUAUUGGAAAUGCACAAGUUCAUGGAUCACUCUAA